UGUGGAAGCGCAGUUUCAUUUUCUUCUGAAUUUGGAAUAUGCGACCUAUAGAAUGAUUAAUAUCGCCAAGAAGUAGAGCGGAACAACUUUCCAUAUACACUGAGGAUAUUGGCUUUGCUUUGUUUGACUGAACCAAAGGAAUUUAGGAACAUAUAGUAUAUUAUUCAAGAUCAUGUUUCUCCGAACGGUGUACGGCAUUGGGUCUGCUCCAAAACCAAGUGAGUGUCCUCCGGAGGCAGCAUUUUAAGGCAUCAUAGGCCCGCUCCUGAUGCGAAGGCUGUUCCAAAAAGGCACAGCUGGUGACACACUGGUCUGAAACUAUGGGCUACUCUGGGUCUGAGUUGGGUUGGAUUAGGGCCCAGCUCUGAGAUGUCUGGCCUCCAGCCCUGGUACCUGUCUCAGUGAUGAAGAGCACCCCUACCAUCCUCCUCCUCACUCUAUCUGUCUUGUCCAGAGCAGAGAGUGGGAAGACGGUAAAGGACACAGUGCAAGAAUGGAACAGGUAUCGGAACGAGUGCCUUGUGAAGAUGAGCUCAGAUUUCACCCCCUCAGGAUUGUUUUGCAAACGCAUGUUUGAUAUGUACGCUUGUUGGACAGAUGGAGUGCCAAACACAACUGUCAAAGUUCCCUGCCCCUGGUAUCUGCCUUGGUAUGAUCAAGUGUACAAUGGAUUUGUGUUGCGAGAAUGUGGUCCAGAUGGCCAGUGGCUCACUGUCAACAACAGUCGCACCUGGAGAGACCACUCACAGUGCAAUGCAGAUGGCAGCCAGCAGAUAGCACAGGAGAAUCAGAUGUUGAUCUUGGCCUAUUUCAGGGUGAUGUACACAAUCGGUUACUCUCUGUCUCUGAUCAGCCUGUCUUUAGCGCUCGUAAUACUUCUCAUAUUCAGGAAGCUCCGCUGCACACGUAACUACAUCCACAUCAACCUGUUUGCCUCGUUCAUCCUGCGAGCCGUGUCCAUCCUCACAAGGGACGCACUUCUCAUGAAAGAUGCUCCUGAGUUCAGAGACAACAAUGAUGUUUCCACCGUUCUGAGUGACCAGGCUAUGUUAGGCUGCCGCGUGGCCCAGGUCGUGAUGCAGUACUGUGUUGGGGCCAACUACUACUGGUUACUGGUAGAAGGUCUGUAUCUUCACAAUCUGCUGGUGCUGAUGGUUUUCUCAGAAAACAGCUACUUCUGUGGAUACCUCUUCAUCGGCUGGGGAGCACCUGUGCUCUUUGUGGUGCCUUGGAUAGUUGUGCGGUACCUGUAUGAGAAUACAAGGUGCUGGGAGAUCAAUGAAAAUAUAGGAUAUUGGUGGAUCAUCCGGACGCCAAUACUUUUGGCCAUUUUAGUGAACUUUUUCAUAUUCAUAAGGAUUAUUCAGAUCCUCAUCUCCAAAUUAAAAGCACAUCAGAUGAGAUAUACAGAUUAUAAAUUUAGGUUAGCGAAGUCCACCCUGACCCUCAUUCCCCUGUUAGGGAUUCAUGAGGUGGUGUUUGCUGUGAUGACAGAGGAACAGACUGAGGGCGUACUUCGCAAUGUCAGCCUGUUCUUUGAACUCUUCUUCAACUCUUUUCAGGGUUUUCUGGUGGCCAUAUUGUACUGCUUUGUCAAUAAAGAGGUGCAAUCAGAAAUCAAAAAGAAAUGGCAACGAUGGAAGCUAGGAAUAAGCUUUUUGGAUGAUCACCGUAAUACAGGUAGCAACACACAGCAGGGGGGUGGUGGACCUCAGUGCUACCAUGACCCUCCCUGCUCUCCAGACUGCCCUCUGGACAGUGGCAGCCAGCUGUCUUCUGAACACACACCCACAGACACCCAACCAAACAUUCAGCAUCAUUACCAUCCUGAAGCCAAGAAAGGCAAGGCAUACUGCUACAUCUCUGCCCGAAAGCAGGUUCUGAAUGGGUUGGAUGUGCCAGCUUUGCCCCGGUGUGGUGGAGAAAGAGCUGUGAGAUAUUCUGAGAGCUAUUGUUGAAAGUGACCCUGACAAGUUCAGUUUUCUAAGGAAUUACAGAAUUCUGGCCAUUGACUGGACCAUUGCUUGCAGCAGAUGAUAACAAAGAUGGAUAUCAUGGAUGUCACUUGCACAAAUUGUGUCCUUCAUGGAAUGGUUUUAUAAGGACAACUGUAUCAGAUUUUUUUUUAUUAUUAUUGAAAGAAUGUUCCUAAAACACAGUACACUAGAACAAUCACUGGAAGUCCAUAGUCAUGCUUGGCAAUACACUCCUUUUUUUUUUUUUUUUUUCUUUACCGCUUUACCUCGUUUUGGAAACCAGAUUAGUUCUAUUAUGUGCCAGUGUUGUUGAUCAACUUAAAAACUGUGCAAAUGAGCACAAAGUAAUUUAAAUAUUUUGACUGCAUGAGGAUUAUCUGUUGAAAGUAAUCACUGCAAUAUAUUCACAGGUAAGGCACACAAAAAUCACCUAGCCUGCAGUCACCAAAAUAACGAUCCCUAAACAGUAUUUGGACACUUAAGCCACACUAAAAAUGUAUGGAUGGUAUUGCAUUACACUAAAAACAAAUAACUUUCACUAUUGUGGGUUUUUCUUGAUCCUCCCAUGUUAAUAUUACUCAAAAAAUUCAUGUAACGAAGGGAACUUAAAUUAACUGAGUUGAUUUAAACGAAAAAUCUGUCAUCAGCUUUACUUAAUCCAUUUGUGUUGGAACAACAUUAAUAUCUUUUUUUGGUUAACUGAAACUGGGCAGAGGGUGUCUAGUUCCCAGCAUGCUUUGCAUGGGACUCAACAGGGAGAGUACAUUUCUAAAUUAAGUUUUAUUUUGUGUCCUUGUGCAAGAUGAACAUAAAGGGGGGAAACUAAUUUCAAACAUGUGGAACCACAGUCCAUAACUGAAUAAAGUUCAGCCAAAGAGUUGUUUUUAGAGUAGAUUUCAACAUAUCAAACUCAGUGACAUCUUUGAAUGCUAAACUUUUUCUCAGAAUUAACUUUACUUGCCAUUUUUGCAUUUACUUUUUCUCAACUGGUCCCAAGGUAAUUUGUAGUGGAUGUAUGAAGUCAGCUUCCCUCAAGUUCACACAGGUGUCUUUACAUAGUUACCACAACAGGUGUUGUUCAUCAUUAACUAUGGACAUGUUCCACUAAGUUUAACAACAAGAAAGUGUCCAAUUUUAAUGUAUCUUAGUUUUGAAAAGUAUUUCAACUUAAUAAUUUAAAACCCUCACAAUCUUCUUUUUGUGAAAUAUUUUUUGUGUGUGUUAUUGUGCUAUCAAUAUGUGUUUGGAGGUAAGCUGACUUCACACAUCCAUU